AUGCGCACCCACUCAGCCCCAACAGAAUGCGAAGUCAUCCAACCCGCCACCCCGCGCGGCCAAACCCUCACGCCCCUAAUCCUCAUCCACGACGGCGGCGGCACAACGUUCGCCUACCACUGUCUCUCCCAGCUCGCAGGCCGUGCCGUCUUCGGCAUCGCGAACCCGCGCUUCCACUCCGGUGUGCCCUGGGAAGGCGGCGUCCCCGAGAUGGCGGCGGCGUACCUGCAAAUGAUUCGGAAUACCGUUACCAAGGGACGGGAGUACCCUGCCCAGGCUCCCUAUUCAUAUGUUACCACCGCUGAUGGAGGGAGAUUGAAGAGGAGGAGGAUCUUGUUGGGAGGGUGGAGCCUGGGCGGGUUGCUUUCGUUGGAGAUUGCAAGGUUGGUCGGGGAGGAGGAUCGUGAUAUCGAGAUUGUGGGGUUGCUCUUGGUGGAUAGCGUGUACCCCGUCUGGCCUAAAGGUUCGGAGGUCAAGAUUGGGAGGUUUGUGGAAGAUGAGAAGCUGGAAACGGAGGAGCCGAAGAAUGUGAGGCUGGCGAAGAGGGCGAUGAAGAUGGCCGGGCAGGUGGUGAGGGUGUGGAAGAUGCCUCGGUGCGGGGCUGCGAGUGAGACGGAUGUGGAGGUGCCCAAGGCUGCCGGGUACGGUGAUGUCGACGAGAGGACCACGGUGGAGAGUGAGAGCGCCGGCGGCGGCGACGAGGUAGAGAAGGACUUUUACGUCUCUAAAGAGGAGAAGGAGACGGCCGAGGUCAUGUGGGAGAGGCCGCCCAGGGCUGUGCUUGUCAAGGCCAAGGAACAUGUUCCUAUGCCGGUCGAGGGGAUCAGUUCUGUGGACGUGUAUCGUGGGGAUGAGAAGCUUGGAGGGAAGCCAUUUUGA